UCCGACGCAUUCUAAGAUGGGGGGGCGGAUUCUCCAAGCCCGCGCCACGACCUUGAGAUCCGACGUCGCGAAAAGUUGCAACAUCGCGAAACAUCACGACCGCGAGGGCCAAAACACUGAGCGGCCCUUUUCCCGACCCUGGCUGCGCGCCGCGGGCAAUGGACGACCAGGGCAGCGCCAGCGAGGCUUCGUCCUCCCAUGCCUCGGAGAGUGGCGGCCACCGCCCCCGCCCGACGAGGGGCGGCCGUGCCGUGCGCAUGAAGAGCUUGCGGCAGUCGCGGGCUGGCAUGCACAACGGCGAGCCUGGCGGCGUGUGUGGCUGCGGGCAGCUUCAGGCGUUCCUGGAGGCCCGCCUGAGCCAGCUUGAGGAGGCGGGCCGCGUGCUCGUGGACAAGCAGGUGGCCUCCAUCCUGGAGGCGCUGGCGCAGAGCAGCCGUGCGCCCCAGCCGCCGGAGCAGCGCCCCGGCCUCCUGCAGUCGAGGGAAGGCCGCCUCUGCGCCGGCCACCUCGGCGGCGAGGGCCGCCGUGGCGGCCCCGGCGCCCGGGACCCCGACGCCCGCUGCGUUGACGUGACGGAGGAGGCGGGCGGCGUGGCGCCGCACACCGGCUGCGGCGGCCUCUUCUCGGAGGACGGCCCCGCCUUGGAAGGCGGGGGCUUGAGAGCAAGCCUCCGCGGCCUGUGGGCGCCCCAGUCGGCCCCGGAGGCGGAAGACACGGCGAGCCCGAGCGACGAAGCGGGCUCCCGCAAUCAGCUGGGCCCGAGAAAGCUGAGCCGAUCUAGCUCGGGCGUCAGCAAGACCAGCAAGGCCUCCGCCAACCUGAGCAUGGAGAGCGCGCUGCCAUGCGUGCACGAGCAGCUCCAGUCCCCGACCACCAAGACCAGGAUAAGCACGUCGCCGGCGCCGAGCGAUACCGACCUCGACCAAGCGCGUCCCAGGCCCACUCGCUCGCAGUCCAAGAGAUCGGGGAGCAGCAAGAAAUCGAUCAGGUCCGAGGUCAAGCGCCCGACCGUCCUCAGCUGGGUCAACGACACCAGCAGGGACCAGUCGCGCCGGUCCACAACCAGAUUCACUAUGUUCCUCAGGUCGCUCCCGGUCCCGGGCACGGAUGAGUUCCUCUCGUGCUUGCAACGGGCGUCGUCCCUGAAGGAGCCAGACAGAGUAGGGCCACUGCACAGAUGUGUCCGGAGUCUGCAGUUCAGCUUUGUGUGCCAGAGCGUCAUUCUUCUCAACACGUUUUUCGUCCUUGUCGACACGAACUACCAGAUAGAGAACCUUGACAAGGACGCGUUGCCGAUUCCGUUCCCUGUGGACCUGUUCUUUGGCAUUUUCUACACUGGCGAGCUGGCCCUGAGGAUAUAUACCCACCGCUACUUUUUUUUCAUUGGGGAAGAGGCGUCUUGGAACUGGUUCGACACCUUCUUGGUGAUCGUUACAAUGCUGGAUUUGCUCGGAAGCAUGGGAGGCAACGUGGGGUACACUCGCGUCUUCCGUGUGCUGAAGGUUGUCAAGGUCCUGAGGGUCGUGCGCGUCCUCCAGUUUUUCACCGAUCUGCGCAUGAUGAUCAAUUGCGUCCUGGCAUCGAUCGUUUCCCUGUUCUGGUGCAUAGUGAUGAUUGUAUUUGUCAUGUUUAUCUUCGCGGUCUACUUCACGCAGGAGGCGACCAGGUACAUGAAGGAGGAUGGCCCGCCGAAUGUCGAGCUGGCAGACUACCCUCUCAUCCGGGUCUUUUUUGGCAACGUGCAGACAUCUAUCUUGACCUUGUUUAUGUCUGUGACUGGCGGGGAGGAUUGGCGUAACGUUUAUGUCGUGUUGCAGCCUGUGGGGGACAUGCCGUGUGCCUUUUUCUUAGCGUUCAUAUUCGUAUUCCUUUUCUCAAUACUGAAUAUCAUUAUGAGCAUCUUCGUGGAGAAGGGCGUCAAAAUGGCCGAGCCAGACACGAACAACCAGAUCCUCGAGGCGAGGCGGAAGCAGGCUGCCGACAGGAAAGAGUUGAUGCAGAUGUUCAACAAGGUGGACGCCGACGGCUCCCAGACUAUAAGCCAGGACGAGUUCGAGAUUUGCGUCGCGACGGAAGAGUUCAAAGAUUUUCUCUCGACUCGCGGCAUCGACAUCAAGGAGGCCAGGACUUUCUUCGACAUGGUAGCUGACACCAUUGGAGACAGGGAGUUGGACGUAAACCACGUCGUACGGUGCUGCCUCGGCAUCAAGGGGUUCGCGACCAGCGUAGACCUGCACAUCCUUCGCUACGAGGUGAGGGAAGCGAUGCGCCUGAUUGAAGAAUUGCAUGUUGCCUUCUGCGCAGACUCGUCAUCACUCGAAAGCCCCAGAAGCGGGUCGGACAAUUGUGAUGUAUGAGUCCUUUGUUCGCCCGUGUUCUCUUGCGCUCCCCCCCCCCCCCCAAUAU